AUGAAUAACUCAUAUCGUUACUCACGGUUGAACGAAGAAGACGGGUUGUCUCUCCCGGAAUCCUCUUCAAAUGUGGCUCAGGUUCUUCAGAGACAAGAAGUGAGAAAUUUGUCGCACCUAUACAAAUUUCUCAACUUAGGAGCAAUGAAAGAAACAUUAUUUGUUCGCGUAAUUUUCCACUUUUUCGUAGUCCAUUGACCAAAUGCUGGGUAGCUUUGAAGAUGCUAUAAAAUAGGGCUGAUUGUCUCAAAUUCAAAAGUUAUCCAGCUUUGGAGGAACCCAGCAAAAAAUUGAUAACAAAACUAUGAAAAUGUCAAAAAAACGCAGAAGUUAUAUAAAAAAAUAAGCCGCAUAAAAAAAGGUGUCAGUCAAAUCGAAAAUAUGGAAUAAGCUUCUGACGACCGCAAAAUUUUAUCAUGUAAUUCCGAAUUUCAAUAUCAAUCCGUAUACUAUUGAUCAAAAAUCGUAAAACAUUCAAUCAAUGAAAAGUUAAAAUUACAGAAAAUUUUACAAGAUCAAGAUGAAGACCUGGAAUUGGUUGGAAACUCUGUUCGCACUCUCAAAGGCAUGAGUCAUCGAAUCGGAGAAGAACUUGAUACUCAAUCUGUGUACGUGUAAUUUCCACUGUUUUAAAUAUUUUUACUUGAUUCAGAUUGCUAGAUGACUUGGGACACGACAUGGACCGCGUUCAGAAUACGUUGGAUGGAGUCAUGAAGAAAAUGGCGAAGCUUUCACAUUUAGACGAUGGUUUGUUUUUGUUUCAACUAUACCAAAAAACUGUUUUAGUUAUAAUGCAUACACAAAAGUUUAUAGCUGCGUUCAAAUAAGAAGAAUGGAAUUAUCUCUAGUUUUUACUAAGCUCAAGCUCCAAUUUUUUUCGUUUUUUUAACUCAAAAAAAGCUCUUUUUUAUAUUUUUGUUUCGAUUUUUGUAUAGUCCAACUAGGGAUUAUAAGACUUUUUUUCCUCAAACUUAUACUUAUACGCAAUCAAUUUGCUUAAUUUUGAUGUUUAAGCUUUUUUUUAAAUUAAAGUUUUGCAACAGGGUUCUUUUAUUCAUCCAUUUUUGUUAUUUUCACAACUUUUUUCUUUCAGAUGGACGUCAAUGCAAGAUGAUAAUCAUCCUUAGCGUUCUACUAUUUUUCCUUGUAUUUUUGCUAAUUGUCUUGUGA